AUGAAACGGCUGGAAAUACUUUGUGUCGUAGCGGUGCUGCUGGUCACACAAAGCGUCGCCAUAAUCAGGUAAAUACUGUUUGUCAGCUGAUUUUUGUUUGUGUUGGCAGGCAGCGCGAGCCAAAUGAUCCUGAUUAUUCAGCAUCAUUCAGUAGGUUUGGUGAGUGUAGGUUCAUGUUGCGCGUGAUGGAUUAACUUCCGUGUUCACAGGUCCCUAAUAAGCCCCACGUGUUUCUAAUUAAUGUGCGCGAGAUCAAAGUGGUCCAGUAAAGUAAGGUCAUCAUUGCGGUUAAAAGUUUUUAAAGUUAUUUCACUUUGUAUAAUGUAAACCGUUACAAAACUUGAUAGUGCGCGAGCGCUCCGUCUGAACCAGGAAGCAUGGUCACGCACAGCUGUGUCGACAUUGAGGAUUUCAUUUAACUCAACUUGAAUAUAAAAUAAUUAAUUAAUGCUAUAAAGUAUUAAGAGUUUAGAGUUUGUGGAACUGUUUUGAGUAGCUACACAAAAUAAGCAAGUGUGGGAACAGUAUUACAUAGUUAAAAAAUGGCAGAACAAAUUGUUCCUUUAAAAAAAUAAACAUGAAAAUCAUGCAAGAGUUAUGAAAGAGCAGAUAAUGGUCAGCUGAGUAAAGCAGCAACUAUGUUAUAGGAUACAUAUACAUUUUUAAAGCUAUUUUAUGUAAUUUUUCAUACUUUUAAGGCAUGCUGUGUUUUGCAGAUCAACUCAGGGGGACAUUGCCUUACUACUACUCUUAAGUAUGAGUGUGACAUUUACCUCAAAGUUUACAAGUUGAACACUGUGAAAAAUGUUUGCACGUUUUCCAUACGGUAAUAUUAUCUAAUAAAAUAAGGGUGUGUUACUUUUCUUCAUGGUCAACCAGUUAUGACCAAAACUGGUUUGAGCAUGACAUUCAGGAACUUGAUAACAACACCAAAACCUGCACAGGACAGUCAAACUUAAAUCUCUGAGGUUGGAAGCUUCUUAAAGGGCUAAUGUAAAGUCCUUUUAGUAAGUGUAACUUUCUAUUAAAAGACCCCUGUAUAAGGCAUGAGUUCGCAUGUUUGUUCCUCUGACAUAUAAUUCAAUGGUAACUCUUUUAUCAGAGUCCCACUCCAUAAAACCAGAAGCCUGCGCCGUUUGAUAAGCGACAAUGGGAGGUCUCUGGAGGAGCUUCGGGCUUUGGCAAAGAGCACAGGAUCACCAAACUACAUGAGUUCCCCUAAAGUGCCUGUAGAGAGGCUGACCAACUUCAUGGAUGUAUGUACUCAACUUAAUCCCAUGUUUCAGUGAUUAUAUGGUGUUAUUUUUCACUGAAACUAACAUAAGUUGACUGUUGUUUUUUCACACAAUGAGUUUUACAGAGUAAAAACUAAUAUAAAUGUGCCAAACACUUACCCUCUAAAUCUAAGAGUUUGUUGCAAUCUCAAGGUGAAGUAGGUCAAAGAAAGAGCAGGACUUGAGUGACUCUGCAAGUGAUAAAAAGGACGAAAAAAGCACCACAGCAGCAUGAAUUUGCUGCUUUGUUUUACUUUUGCCUUGUAUUUUAAAUAACAUGUAGAUAUAUGAAUUCAAAUCCCCUCACUUUACACAACUAAUGUUACUUUAAGUUGAGUUAACAACUUCUUGGCUGUUCACAAUAAGCCUUUCACACAUUAAAUGCUGGUUUAGAUUGUAAGUUACACUUUUGCUUCCCAUUUUAACUGUGCCAAAGCACCUCUUUGAUAUGUCUGUUAUUCUAGCUGUCAUGAGUGUUUAUUCUUGUUAAAGUAUUUUCAAGACGUUGUGUGAUCAAGUUACACUGUGUGAAAUGACCCAGAUCUAAAAAUAUAACCGUAUUGCACCUUGAAAAAGAGGAAUGUAGUCGAUGUCAAGCAACGAGGUCAAACUAAAGGCUAAAUGAACUUUUGCUAUUUAAAUUUCUUAUAAAAGAGUUUAUGAUUUUAAUAUAAAAGGUAAAAUAAGAGCUGCAAAACUUCUUUUUUGCUCAUAAUAAGCCAUUCACAUUUCUAAUGCUGCAGUUUAGUUUAGUCUGUUAUUAGAUAAACUUGACAAUAAACUCUUUUGGUUUCAGUUUUUGGGACUGAAUACUGAUUUAUCUUAUGCUCAAGAAGUAAAUAAAUGAAUAAAUAAGUAAAUAAAAUAAAAUAAAAUCUUGCUUUUCUGUGUCUAGCUUACAUAGCAGGAGUAAUCGAGCUUGUUUAGAGGAACUCAUUAUGUGGCGUUUGCAAAGAACAAUGGUGGUGGUGGGGGGGUUGAUUCGGUCUUGGUGUAUCAGGUUUAAAAUGUCAGAAUGUGUAAAUGUAGUAAAUGACUCUAAACUUAAUACUUUCUGAUGUAGUGGUGGUUUCACAGCACAUCCCUUUGUCCCCUCAGGCUCAGUACUACGGGGUAAUCAGCAUCGGGACCCCUCCUCAGGACUUCACUGUGUUGUUUGACACUGGCUCCUCCAACCUCUGGGUCCCCUCAAUUCACUGCUCCUUCUUCGACGUGGCCUGCUGUGAGUAUGAUUUUUGAGAAACAGACUCCGAACCAUACUUGGUUAUAUUCUGAGCGUUUCAGUUCAGAGGGGAAUAAUGUGUCGAGUUUCUUGUCCUUCAAAAAUUUUAAGUUUCAACUUCCUUGUGUAAUUUCAGUUGACGUUUUAGUCACAUUGAUCCAACAAAAACAUACAUCAUUGCACUUUAUCCCACUGUAAGUAAAAGUUACUGAAAGAGGAAUCUGAGUGGCCAAUAAAAGGAUGUAAAACCAACCCUUGACCAUAUUUGUGACCCAACCUUACCAACAAUAGGAAAAGACAAGAUGUCACAUGGUAGAUUGUAAUGUAUUCCUGUCUGAGCAAUUCCUCCGAAUACUAUCAGUUCAGACCACAGUGAAUGGUUUAGAAACAUUUGCAUGGACCAAACUGGAGAACAAAUUAAAAUAGGAAGUAGAGUUUUCUUUGCUGCUCUGUUGUCAUUUCUGCUGGGCCUCUGCUGAACUAGAAACCUCACAAAGCUCUUUUUUUUACAGCAAGUCCCUUCAUCAUUCUAUUUUAGAGCUGAUAUUACAAACACAGCAAUAUUAUGUUAAGUAAAACAGAGUUGACUCUAAAGCGUUAAAUUACCAUUUCCCCAAACAUACAAAUGAUCCCACUUUUUCAGAUGUAUUGGGGAUCAAAGACCGAAUCUUGUACUCGAAUCAGUAUGGCUUAUAUCUGGCCCAUUGGAUAAAAUAAAACGUCUGAGUCACUAGUGAAUAUUACAGCACUUUCUUGUAAUUGUAAUUGGGUCUUUUGUUUACUAAUGAUGCAGCAGUUUCUACAUAAACCAGCUUUGUUUGUUCUACUGCUGUAAUAUUAGCGCUCCUGUGAGGAACUCUCCGUUUGUGUCCAUUUUUGGUGACGCUUGUGGACAGUGCAGUCUUUGCUUGACUUGUCCCCUACUUGCUGAAUUAGUGUCCUUCUUGUAUCAUUUAUCAUGAAAAUUUAAUGUGAUGUUACUAAAAGGAGGAGUGUUUCUUCAGCAGCUCGGCUGACACCUACCUCAUUGUUUGCUCUUGGAUAUCACAAAAAGGAAUCGGCAUGAAUCUCAGUCUUAGUCAUAAACAUAAAAAGUCGUUAUAGGAGCUUUAAAGUCAUAAUAAUGUAUCGAACUUUUUUCUGAAUUUGUUGUUGUUCUUAUUUUUCUUUUAAAGUCUGUACAGUUUGCAGUUUCUCUGCUAACAGUGCACUGGUCUGUGUUUGCAGUGGGUCAUAUGCUCCAAGUUCCUCCACUUUUUAAUGAGUAAACACACUCAUUAAAAUCUUGGCUUGCCUGUUGAGUGUUAACUUUUGUCCUCUACCUCUGACCUUUGAGGUUUUAUGAAGCCGGAUAAGAAAAUAAUUGCUUGGCAUGUUGAUCUCAUUUGGUAACGCAAGCUUGAAAAACAUGUUGGGUGACUCUUCCUUCCUCAGGGCUUCAUCAUCGCUACAACUCAAAGAAGUCGAGCACGUACGUUCAGAAUGGCACCGUGUUCUCCAUCCAGUACGGCCGAGGCAGCUUGUCUGGCUUCAUCAGCCAGGACACGGUCUCUGUAAGUCCCAGAAACACUCACACACUCACAUUCCUCCACUCCCCCACACUGCCCUUUUGUCUCACUGCAUUCCUCAGAUUUUGGCGGUCACACCAUUUCUAUUAUUUCAUUAAAAAAAAAAAAAAACUGGUGCUUUCAGUCUGCAUUGCCAUCAUUCCGUUUUUGCACUUUUUUUUUCUUGUGCUUGUAGGUUGCAGGUCUGCCCAUUCCUAACCAGCAGUUUGGCGAGGCGAUAAAACAGCCUGGCAUCACAUUUGCAGUGGCGAGGUUUGAUGGGGUCCUGGGGAUGGCGUACCCCUCCAUUUCAGUGGCAAAUGUCACCCCGGUGUUUGAUACAGCCAUGGCCGCCAAGCUGCUCCCUGAGAACAUUUUCUCUUUCUACAUCAGCAGGUUGGUUUCUAUCACAGGAAAUGUGGCCCUCGUGUUAAAAAUACACUGAUCUGGCCAACAGCAAAUCUGCUGCAUCUUUAAAUGGCUGAUUUAGCGUCAGAGGGGUUUUCACACCCCUGUGAAAUGAGUCAGCACAUACUGGUGUUGUCGUUUCACACAGUUGGUUCUGCUUCUGCUUCUCAGAGACCCAACAGCAGCAGUCGGAGGAGAGCUGAUGUUGGGUGGGACCGACCCUCAGUACUACACCGGUGAUCUUCACUACGUCAACGUCACACGGAAAGCUUACUGGCAGAUCCAAGUGGACGGGUGAGGAGGAAGCUUUUGGUGGUGUAAAACUUUGUGUUUGUCAUGGAAACAACCCUCACCUUUGCGUUCCUUUCCCAGUUGACUGAAAUUAAAAUGCAUCAGUGGUUGUAACAGUAUGUUUAACCUAUCUUUCUAACCUUUGCUGCAGAGUUGAGGUUGGCAACCAGCUGACUCUUUGCAAAUCAGGUUGCCAGGCGAUUGUAGACACAGGAACAUCCCUGAUGGUGGGACCUGUGGAGGAAAUCAGAGCGCUGCACAAAGCCAUUGGAGCUCUGCCCCUGCUGAUGGGAGAGGUAUGGCUGAUACACAAUCUAUCAUUUUUUGUCAGUGUUAAAAUUAUGUGUAAUCUGCGUCACAGGCCCCCCUCCAUUUUCAGUCUUUGAGCCUAAUCUACUCCCCUCCUUUCUUUCAGUAUCUUAUCGAAUGUAAGAAGAUCCCAACUCUCCCUGUCAUCUCUUUCAACAUUGGGGGGAAGCUGUUCAACCUGACUGGAGAGGAUUAUGUCAUGAAGGUACACACACUCAUGUCACAGCGCUUAAUCAGUGUUCAGUUAUCGGAUACCUCUAUAUUUUUACCACCAUCAGUUUCACAGUUAACAACAAAUUCAUCAAAACUCUUGUGUUUCUGCCCAGGAGUCUCAGAUGGGUACAUCAAUCUGCCUAUCAGGCUUCAUGGCCAUGGAUAUCCCACCUCCCGCUGGGCCCCUGUGGAUUAUGGGAGAUGUCUUUAUCGGGAAGUACUACACAGUGUUUGACAGGAAUGCUGACCGCGUAGGGUUCGCCUCCGCAAAGUAG